CCGGGAGUCGAACCCGUGACCUCUGACUCCGAAGCCCAGGCUUUUCCCCCUGUUGCCUGCUUGACCGAGCCGCGAUCCCUCCUGCUUAGACGGCGGGACAAGGGCGCUGUCCGAACUAACCGCUGAACCUAGCUCAGCGCUUGGAACAGGGUUUGACCCCCCACUAGGCGCUCAACAGAUAUCUUUGCUAAAGUCACUCUGAGGGCGGAAAGAUGGAUCCGGAAAAGAGUGCCAAGGAAACCGUUCUCAUAACGGGAGGAGGUGGUUAUUUUGGUUUCCGUUUAGGUUGUACUCUGCACAGGAUGGGAGUGGACAUCAUCCUGUUCGAUGUCCAGAAUCCCCCUCAAGAAGUCCCGAAGGGGAUGAGGUUCAUUCAGGGGAACAUCUGCUGCCUCUCCGAGGUCGAGGAAGCCUUCCAGGGAGUCAGCUGCGUCUUCCACAUCGCUUCCUACGGCAUGUCCGGGCGGGAGCAGCUGGACCGGAAGCUGAUCGAAGACGUCAACGUGAAAGGGACGGAGAACGUGAUCCGGGCUUGCAGGAGGAGGGCGGUGCCGAGGAUGGUGUACACGAGCACCUACAACGUGGUGUUUGGGGGCCAGGUUAUAGAAAACGGGGAUGAGUCUCUUCCCUAUCUACCUCUCCACCUCCACCCCGAUCACUACUCGCGCACCAAGUCGGUGGCCGAGAAGAAGGUGCUGGAGGCGAACAGCUCGGCCCUGGACGGCGGGGAGGGCGUCCUGAGAACCUGCGCCCUGCGGUCGGCGGGAAUCUACGGGCCCGGGGAGCGGAGGAACCUCCCGAGAGUGGUGAGCUACAUCGAGAAGGGACUCUUCAAGUUCGUGUACGGGGACCCGAGGAGCUUGGUGGAGUUCGUCCACGUGGACAACCUGGUUCAGGCUCACAUCCUGGCCUCGGAGGCGCUGAAGGCAGACAAGGAGCACGUGGCCUCCGGCCAGCCCUACUUCAUCUCGGACGGCAGGCCGGUCAACAACUUCGAGUUCUUCCGUCCUCUGGUGGAGGGCUUGGGCUACCCGUUCCCGACCCUGCGCCUGCCCCUGUUGCUCAUCUACUCCCUCGCCUUCCUGACGGAGAUGGUCUACUUCCUCGUGGGCCGCCUCUACAACUUCCAGCCCUUCCUCACCCGCACAGAGGUCUACAAAACCGGAGUCACCCACUACUUCAGCCUGGAGAAGGCCAGGAGAGAGCUGGGCUACGAGGCCCAGGUCUUCGACUUCCGGGAAGUGGUGGAGUGGUUUAAAGCCCAGGGUCACGGCAGGAAGCUCAAGGUCUGUUCCUUGAAGGAUCUCUUUUGGAACGGGGUACUGGUUCUGCUCCUGGCUACAGUCGUUCUGGCCUGGCUUCCGACCGCUCUGGCGCUGCCGUUUUGAAAGGAGAUGGGUCGGUUGGGUCGGCAGAGGAGGAGGCUAAAGGGAAGGACUUUCCGAAUCAUUCGAGGAGGCCUUAAGAAGACCGCACAGUUGUCCCCCUCCUAUCACGUGGCCAAGCUUAUGACUCUCGGAGCCGCUCGACAACAGCCCAUCUUUGACGUCUAGCCUGGAAGCUCCCUGUGGGCUAGUAACGUGUCUGCCAACUCCCCCAGGUGCUUAUAAUAAUAAUAAUAAUAA